AUGAAAGUGAAGGAUGUGAUGGUGCAUUAGAAUAUCCAUAUAAGGGAGUCGAUUAACUUUGCUCAUCAGGAUUCAAAAAGAAGUACUUAAUUGAAUCAUUUGUUGAUGUUGAACCAUUAAACUCAUAAGCUCUUCAUAAAGCCAUUGUCAAAACUCCAGUCUCAUAUAUAUUUUUGUAUAUUUUAGUGUGCUAUCAAAGCUGACGGUAUCUUACUCCAACUUUACAGUGGCGGUGUCUAUUCCAGAACUAGCACAGCCAAGACAAUUAACGACAUGAACCAUGUGUUUUUGCUGUUGUUUAUGCCAAAGAUUCUUACACUAUCAAGAACUCUUGGGGAGACAUUUGUGGAGAAGAGGGUUACAUGA